AUGUACAGUAGAUUCAGAAAAAAACUUGCUGCUCAGAAAGAAGAGGCUCACAAAUGUUUAGGAGUAAAGCGCAAAUUGCCUGAAAUUGAUGUCUUUUGUGGCAUUAAUAAGGCUGCUGAGGAAUAUCCUCCUUUGUUUGCUCCUCAUGGUCAAACAAAAUUCAUAUCAUACAAAGCUAAAGAAUAUCAUCACAGCCCCAGCAACUUAAUUGGGGCAAAUUACAGAGGUGGAUCUGAAAUUCCAGACACUAGGAAUUUUUCCAUAACUCUUCUUUUACAAAGAACAAUGAGACACAAGUUGCAAAGUAAGGGAAAAACUAAACAAGGAACGGAAGAUCUUGUCUUAGAACCAAAAAGAAAGCCAGUAAGUCCUCUGCAGCAAAGAAAAAAAGCUUUUUUGAAGUUGCCUAAAUUACAAGACGUGGAGGAUGCAAAACGAUACUGUUAUUAUGUUGAUAGUAUCAGUAGUGAAGAUAUUCCCAGUCCAAAAUUCACGUUGAAACUUUUAUGCAAAAGGGUCAAAGUUAAUUUGAAUCAUUUGUCCAUGUAUCCUGACAUCACUGCCAAACUUUUUGAAGAAACUAAAGAAAAUUACUUCUCAGCCAUUAAACAGGGCAUAGUUGAUUAUGUCUUGUUGGAUCCAGCUGAGAGAAAACGUCUAAACAUCAAGAGAAUUCCUCCGAAGCAACCUCAAGUGCAAAUUCAACCUCCAUUUCCUUGGAGUAAUUCUGUAAAGACUACUGGAAAUAUUCUUAAAACAAAGAUAUUCUUGCCUCGUCUAUGCAUAAAGAAAAUAGCAUAUUUAUGGGCCCAAAAGUAUCAAGAUUUAGAAUUGCUGCCUGUUGAAAAUUUUGCUAAAAGUCCGAUUCCGCCCUUCAUUGAAGAUUUUAGAGAAUUUGUUAAAUCUACUUGCAAUAAAAUGCGAAGCAUAUUACGUGACGGGUAA